AUGUCGCUCCAGACUUUGCGUGUCAUUAAGCACAUCUGCAGCAAGGGAAGCUCUGACUUCAAGCGGAGCUUCCAAAAACAAGCUGCUCCAGUAAGGGAGUUGACGCACUACAAAGGAGAGCCUGACCCCUUCAAAGGCGAUGUUCCCAAUCAGAAAGUUCGAGACUCUGCCAAGGAGGCCCUGGAUGCAAUCUUUGCUGCCACAGCAGUCAACCCACCUACAACUCCAGCGCCCCAUCAGAGUCGCAUCCAAGGCUUUGGUGGUGGCAGCAGCGAAGCCAUCUCGUCCACGUCAUCCAGGGGGUAUGAUGGUGAUUUGGGAGGGUCGGCAACUGUUAGCACCUCCCGGAUGACUGGCUUUGGCAACCCCAAAUUUGAGGGGUCGAGCGGCGGCAAUGCGGGGGGUGCUGUGACAUCUCCGAAAUUGUUGCUGGGUGGCAUUGGCAGCAAGGGAGGGUUUGGUGGCACCACGCGGCAUGCACCUUUCAUGAUGGAUCAGGGCGGUGCAAAUGGCAGCGAUGACGAAAGGCCUUCCGGAUAUCAGCCGAGACCAUUGACAGUCGGCACAGCGCCCAUCACUGCAUCAUUGAGUGCACCACAAUUAUCUGCAAACGACGGUGAUGAGGAGGUGAGGUUGGUGGAUGGCAUCUGUGCUUUGGGAGGCGUCCGAGCGCAGCCGUCAAGGGAGGAUCUCAGGCUGUUCGUGGAAAAUAUUGCCUCCUUGAAUGGCACGCGCGUAGCUGAGCUCCUACAUGCCAAGAUGGAGUAUGCCUCUUGGCAGACGGUGCUGCGAGCGGUUUCGGCAGUCGAGGCGGUGGCGGAUCCUGAGCCGGUGCGCAGGGCGGCAGCUUCCGCGCAGGCGUCGGUGCGCCAGCGAGCAACUGCGCUGCUGAAGCUGCUGGGCGCUGACGGCGCAGCCGCCGCCCCCAGCGCGUCUCGGGCAUCCCCCGUCGGGGAUCUCAUCGGUGGCAUGGAUGAGCCUUCUCCUGCAGCAGCCCCCCAAGCAUCCGCCCAAGACCUCCUCGGUGACCUGAUGGACCCUGCUCCAGGGCCAGCGCAAAUGGCUCAAGCGCAGGGUGGCAGCAUGUUCGACGGCCUCGCUGUGGGGGUAUCAUCACCUGCUGCUCAGGCGCGUGCACCGCAGCCUGGCACAGCGAUCCAGGAUGGGCCGGCGUCUGCAGCUGACAGAUUUGGCGGCCUGUCCCUCAGCGCUCCUGGGCAGAGCGGUGUAUCCUGUGGUGCUGGGCAGGCAUCUGCUGACCUGCUUGCAGGCCUGACUUUGCCCAGCGCAGCGCCUGCCUCUGCCGGCGUGGGGAGUGCAGCAAAUGGCAGUCUCUUUGGGAGGCCGCAGAGCAAUGGCACACCUUCAGCAGCGGGCUCUGGGGCCACCAAAUCAGGCAGUCAAGCUCUUGAUGCUGAUCUCUUUGGUGGAGGGCUCAGCCAGCCUUCUGCUUCUCCUCCAAUGGGGAUUGCUGCACAGGGGAAUGGGGCGUCGACUGACAUCUUUGGGAGCAACAGCAGCCCCACCAUGAUCACCUUGGCUUCACCUGAAAAACCUGGUCAGGCCACCCAGCAGUUUGGCUAUGCGCAGCCCCAACCUGUCUUGCCACACAAUCAACAGGGGCAAGGAGCCCCACCCCAGAUGUAUCAACAGCCGGUGCAGCAGUUUGGCAUGUACCCAGGUCCUCAGCAGGCCCAGCACCUGCACAUGCAGCAGUACCAGAUGCAGCAAAUGCAAAUGCAGCAGAUGCACAUGCAGCAGAUGCAAAUGCAGCAGCAGCAAAUGGGUGUGGGGGGAUAUGGAGCACCGCUGUAUCAUGCCCAGCAGCAGCAGCAAUUUGGUGGCCCUCCCAACGGGGCUGCAGUGGGGUCGGACAUCUUCAUCAGCAGCAAACCUCCCUCAGCGCCCAGAGCUGAGCUCUUGGGCGCCAAGAAGGAUCCCACCUUUGAUUUUGUUGGGGAUCACAUCAGCAAACUGCGCUCAUCCAAGUGA